AUGGUCAAGAAGCCAUCGAAAGCGCAAAAAGCCAAGCUGCGCAAGGGAGGUGGAGGCGCUAGCACCGAAAGCAUCAAAGCUCGGGGCGGCAAAGGUGGCCGUGGUCGUGGACGAGGCGGUGCUGCUACUACGGGCGGAGGUCGACUAGGUCGCUCAGCUCUCCUCCCACCAGAUCAGCAAGCAGCAUUCGAAUCACGUCGUCGUAUCGUACAACUGGAAGAAUCCGCCUUCUCCAAGCUCUCCCCUCCCGUACUCGAACGACUCAACAUCUUAGCAUCGUACGCUGACCUACGCCGACCUAUCCCAGACGAGCUCACUCACUUUGACUACUCUAGAUUUGGUCGCGCUCGAGCAGAGAACCAUCAACGGACCGUUGAUCAGGAACCAUGUAAAAAGGAUGAACAAGAGUUGCAUCCCCUCGCAGGCUGGCUCAACACUUCUUGGACGGGCACGGCGAAAGAUGCCAUCUCGUCAGACGAAAGCGAUGGAGAGGAUCAAGGGGAAGAAGAUCCAGGAGUAACAGGUAUCGAAGGAACUGGCGAGCUACGACUACCUAAACGACCCAAAUGGCGCUCAGAUAUGGACACGAAAACCAUCCAUGCUCAAGAAACCCAAGUCUUUCGACAAUGGCUUCGCAAGACAGACGCUGUGGUCGAAAGAGCGUUCUUCGCCUCUUCACCUCUCUUUGCUGGCUUAAACUCUCACACUCGAUCUCAGGACAAAGCUGCAUUCCCUUCCUCCUCCGCUACGCCCACACCAGGCAUGGGCGGGAGUAGGAUGGUCUCCAACAUCACCUCCCAGGACGCCAUCGCUCAACUCCUCACCCACCGUCCCCUCCCCGGAACCUCCGUCAUCGGCAGCUUAUACGAGCGCAAUAUCGAAGUCCAUCGUCAACUAUGGCGUGUAUGCGAACGCUCCGACCUCGUCUGCGUCCUUGCUGAUGCCCGAUGCCCGCUUCUCCAUCUCCCACCCAGUCUGAUUGGUUUCUUGGAGCGCUACAUGCGGUUGAAAGUCGUCAUUGUCCUUACCAAAGCAGAUAUCGUACCGAAGAAUAUCGUUGAACAAUGGAAGAAGUAUCUCAAAGAGCUGUAUCCGAGAUGGGAGGUAGUAGCUACGGAAAGCUAUGCGAAGAUGGAAAGGAUCGAGGGACAAGGAUCGAGGACUAGAUUUGCGCCUUAUUUGUCGCCGCAUUCGAGGAAGGAGCUUUUUGCGGCGUUGAGGAAGGCGCAUAAGGAUUUGAUUACGCCCCCGAAGGUGAUUAGAGAGGAUAAGGAGGGGAAGGGGAGGGAGUGGAUACCGCCUUGUGCGACUGAUACGGAUUGGGAGGGUGUUGAGAGGCGAGUUCAGAUGCAUACUGAAGGGCUCGACUCCGACACGGAGGAGCAAGCCACCGAUGCCCCUGUACAGGCGCUUGAUGAGGAUGCGCCGAACACAACAGAACCAUCAAAGAAGGAAGGUGGUGAAGGGAAGGAAACACGCGCACACCUCCCCUACCUAACAAUCGGACUCAUGGGUCAGCCCAACGUCGGCAAAUCUUCCCUCCUCAACGCUCUAUUCGGUUCCAAAGUAGUUCGUGCUUCCAAGACUCCCGGCAAAACAAAGCACUUCCAAACGUACUUCCUCGUCCCUCUUCCCUCCCCCAACUCCUCUUCGUCCCCCUCUAACCUCAACACGCCAAAAGAAAAGGCUGUGGGUGAAGAAACUCAUCGAGGUCAAAUCCGACUCUGCGACUCCCCCGGCUUAGUCUUCCCCUCGCUUAUUGGAAUGGAGAUGCAAGUCAUGGGCGCAAUCCUUGCUAUUUCGCAAGUGCAGGCUAUUACGAGUUGUAUCCGUUUCGUUGCCGAACAUAUUCCGUUGGAGAAAGUGCUUCAGCUCGAACAUCCACCCGACGAUGAUAAUGAAGGAGGGACAGGGGAAGAGGAGGGGGAGAAAGUGUGGACAGGAGUAAAGAUUUUGGAGGCGGUGGCGAGAAGGUACGGUUACAGAACGGCAAAAGCCAAUCGAUGGGAUGUCAACAGAGCGGGGAAUUUGGUGAUGAGAGCGGUGGCUGAGGGAAGGAUUAAGUGGGCGUUUAGACCGCCUUCGUCUGACAGACGGAGCGGAGAGGGGAUCUGGUUUCCUGACUUUGACCGGGAUGCAGCUAGGGGUGCAGAUGGUGCAGGGGAGGACUUGCUCACUGCUCCGAACACCGACGAUGACGAUCAGGGUGAAGAUGUGGACGAGAAGAAAGACGAAGGGGAAGAAGAGAGCGAGGAUCAGGACGACCCAGAAGCAAUCGCACGUAAGGUUAGAUUCGAUUUCGGUUCGAUAGAAGAGGACGAUGAUGAGGAAGACGAUGAUGCUGGAGGAUUCGGUGGUAGCACAAAUUCAUUGUUCAGCGCACUUGCUGUUGAGGAUGGAGGUGACGAUGACGAGGAGGAUUCAGAUGAGGAGGAUGAUGAGGACGAAGAGGAAGAGGAAGAGGAAGAAGAGGACGAAUAG